CUCCAUUUCUCCAAAGAAAAAAAAAGGCAGAGGGUUGAUUGAUUCUGUUGGGACCCUCAAAAACUGAGAGAUGCACUGCACUGCACUAGGGAGUGGAAGGAAGACAAAGGCAAAACCAUUUCACUGUUAGCUAUUUUGUCAACAUUUCAGCAGCAAGCAAAGCAACAGCUCUUAACCCUUUUUCUUUUCUCUCUUAAAAAUCAUAACUUCACUUCUUUACUUCACCACUUUCCCCUCCUCCUCUCUCCAUACACACCAAUAUGGCUUUUAAAAAUUCUCUGUUUCUCAUUCUCCCAGCUCUCAUAUUAUUCUCCCUCUCUCUCCCUCACCCCACAUCAGGUGUGGGUUAUUCAAAGGAGAAGGAAUUGGUAAUUGGGUCAAGGCCACCACAGUGCUUCAACAAGUGCCUGAAUUGCAGGCCAUGUGUUGCUGCUUUGGUCAUCUCUCAGCGCCAUAAGGAAUCAGGUGAUGGUCUUAAUUAUAGUGCUGCUGUUCCUAUUCCUAAUGCUAAUUUGGAAGCCACUAGACUCCCCAGGGAUGAUUCCUAUUAUCUCCUCUCAUGGAAAUGCAAAUGUAAAGAUAAGUACUUUCAGCCUUGAAAAGAAAUCAAAGCUUCUUUCUUUUUCCCAA